GUACAAAAGUAUUGAACUCAGCCAACUACAAUUUAGCUUUCUGCCACAUGCAAGUAAAUCGACGCUUUUCAUUGGCUGAUAUGCAUUUUUAACUGGAGAAUCCAUUUAACUAAAUUGUUGCUUAUGUUCGCAAGUACGACACUGAGGUCUCUUAGUUAUGUCCAACGUUAUCAAUGAACAAUACAUGUUUUUCUUGACCAAAUGCGACACAAUCCCAUUGCCUUCCAGUCAAAAAACUACACUAACCGCGUUGUCUGCAUUGCGUCUCAUUUCACCCAGGACAAAGUGCAGAGUUGUGUCUCUCGCUUCACAUAUGCGACUCUGGCUGUAAACCUACACUCAUUUCCCUGAAAUGGAAACUGGGCGGAGAUCUCGUUCCUGAAGCUCGAAAGUGAAAGUAUAAAACACAUUAUAGAAGGCUUGGUGCUUGUUGUAAGCUUGAUGGUUAACAUUAUCACAGGUUUGUAAACCGUGUAAGGCUUAUCAUUAUCGUAACCUAUGUGGGCUGUACAUGGACCAAUGAGAUUGCGCGCAUGUCGGCCCCUUCCUCAACUGUUCAUCGAGUGUGUGCCACGGACACCACCAUUUUUGAUCAAUGCUCAGGAGCCUCGGGACUGUCAGGAGCCUCGGGACUGUCAGGAGCCUCGGGACUGUCAGGAGCCUCGGGACUGUCAGGAGCCUCGGGACUGUCAGGAGCCUCGGGACUGUCAGGAGCCUCGGGACUGUCAGGAGCCUCAGGACCCAGAUGAUUCACAAAGAAUCAAACAGAACAGAAAAAGGAUGAUCAUUACAGGAGCAGCAGCAACUGUGGGAGCAACUGCAGCAGUGGUGGGGGCACCAGUAGCCCUGGGAGUGGCAGGUUUGACUACUGUUGGGGUUGCUGCUGGAGCAACUGCAGGGGGUGCCGCAAUAGGAACGGGUACAAUUGCUGCAGCAGCAACAGCAACAGUGGGAGCAGUUGCGGCAGUGGCAAUGGCACCAGUUGUCCUAGGAGCGAUAGGAUUCACUGCUGGUGGGAUUGCUGCUGGAUCAUAUGCAGCAAGCAUGAUGUCUGCAGCGGCCGUGGUAAAUGGAGGUGGGGUAGCAGCAGGGGGUCUUGUUGCUGCUCUACAGUCAGCAGGUGCUGCAGGGCUUUCAGGAGCGGCUACAGCGGCGGUGGGAGGUGCUGGAGCUGCGAUUAGUGGAGCCUUGGGAUGGGUGGCCGCAGGAGCAGGGUUCUCAGGAGCAGCAGCAGCUACUACAGCAGCUACGGCAGGUGCUGCAGGGCUCUCUGCAACAGCUACAGCAGCCGCGGGAGGUGUUGGAGCAGCAGUUGGGGGAACAGCAGGAUGGCUGGCCUCAAGGACAAGGACACCUGAAAAGGAGGAAGGAAAAGAUACAGGAGCAGCUACAGCAGCUGCUGCAGGAGGAGAGGCUACAAAGGCUGUGGGAGGUGUUAGAGCAGCAGAGUUUGGAGCGUCUGAAGGGAAGGGAGGAGUCGAGGAGAGAGAGCUUUCAGGAACGACUACAGCAGCUGCAGAAGGUGCUGCAGGGCUUUCAGGAGAGGCUACAGCAGCUGUGGGUCGUGUUAAAACAGCAGUUGGUGGAGCGGCGGGAUGGCUGUUCUCAAGAAUCAGGACGUCUAAAAAGGAGGGAGGAGAGGGAAGAGGGAGGAUGAGAAGAGGGCCCUUUACAUAAAAACUGUUGAUGUUAUGAAUGUUUUUUUUGUUGCUCCUAAAUUAUUUGUUAUUUUUAUAUUUUUCUCAUUGGAAGGUUGCAAGUUCAAACCCCCGAGCUGACAAGGUACAAAUCUGUCGUUCUGCCCCUGAACAGGCAGUUAAACCACUGUUCCUAGGCCGUCAUUGAAAAUAAGAAUUUGUUCUUAACUGACUUGCCUAGUUAAAAUAAAGCUAAAAAUAUCAUUUUUAUUUCAGAUUUUUGAGUUUAUUUUAGCAAAUAUUUUCUCGAUAAAAAAACAUGAGCAGGUGCAGAGUAAUAGUUUGUGUGGAGGUGCUGACUAAUGACGAAUAAACUAUCAAAAUAAA